AUGGACGUCAUGGCCGAGGACCUGACGCACCUGUUCGACGAGAAGGGCAUCGACAGGAACCUGUACGAGGACGACGUCUCGUUCGAGGACCCGCUGACGAGGUACGACAACAUCGACGGCUACCUGUUCAACAUCGGCAUGCUCAAGAACGUCUUCAAGCCGCGAUACGUCAUGCACUCCAUCGAGCAGACGGGCGACUGGGAGCUCUCGACGCGGUGGACGAUGGAGAUGACGCUGCCGGACGUGCCGUUCUUCUGGAAGCCGCGGCUCACGUUCACGGGGACGUCCGUGAUGGGCCUAAACCCGGACACGAAGCGCGUGAAGACGCACUUCGACACGUGGGAUUCGCUCGGGGAGAGCCAGGGGUUUCUGAACGGGCCGGGCGGCGUCGCGGAGGUGCUGCGGCAGGUCUUCGACUUGACGAAGGCGCCGGACAUCGAGACGCCGCGGUACGCCGUGCUGCGACGGUUCGCAUCGUAUGAAGUCCGGGAAUACGAACCGUUUCUCGUCGCGGAAACGUCCACCCCCGGGGCGUUUUCCGGCGGCAACGCGUUCGGCGUCCUCGCGCAAUACAUCUUCGGCGGCGGGAACGAGACGAACGAAAAGAUGGAGAUGACGACGCCGGUGUACAUGACCGACGCGGGCAAGAUGCAGUUCGUCCUCGAGCGGAAGUUCAACGGCGACGUCGGCGCGCUCCCGAAGCCGAAGGAGGGGACCGGGGUGGAGACGAAGCUGCGAGAAGGCGGCGUGUACGCCGCGCGGCGAUUCAACGGGAUCGCGUCGGAGGCGGGGGCCGAGGCGGAGGAGAAGCUCUUGACCGACGCGCUCGUCGCGGACGGGCUCGUCAGAGCGGCGGGCGCGCCCGCGUCGCUGGCGCAGUACAACGACCCGCUGACGAACCCGAUCCAGCGUAGGAACGAGGUGCUCGUGAAGCUCGAGGGGUUCGAUAAGACGAAGCUGUGA